GGCUUGCAGCAGUUGUCAUCACUGACACGUGCCGUGAUUCGUAAUAGAGCGGUUGUUUUUAAAAUAGAAUCCUGUUAAGAGAAAUUUCAGCGUUUCUUCGCUCAAGGAUGAACAGAUAGAGGCUGCUGUUGCAAUUUUGCCAACUGGCUUUGAGGAAAGUCUGAUAUAUCAACUCUACGCAACGGCAAAAGAAAUGCAAAUGUGCCAAUGCUGAAGCAAAUCAGGAGAGAUGAAAGAGCUUAGGACUCCUUCCAUCGUUUUGUCAACAAAGGAGACAAAGGAGGACGCGCUUCUGCUGAUUGGCGAAGCGAAAUACAAGCUUGUUUUCGGAAGACAGCAGAUCACUUUUUGGAUACAAAAUUCCAAAACAUGUUAUAGAAUGAAAAUUCUCCGCUAACAAUUGUGUCACGCUCAUUGUAGUUGACGAGUGCCACACCGUGUAACACCUUCGGAAUAUAUUCCCCGCAGAUAUGUAAGACGUCUUGCCAAGAUUCCCCAAGCGAAUAGCAAAAGAGCUAGCGCAUAUUCUACAAAAAUCAGAAGGAGCGCUUGAUUUCGGCUUUCUCCCCCUUUUAGUAGCUUUUCUUGGAGUUGAAGAUGUCGUCUGACACGACAUUAGGGACCUUUAGCGAUGACGACGAGAACGUGAACGUCACCGACCGGAAUUUGGGAAAACGAAUUUCGAUGCUACCACGCAUGCCCAAUCGAGCAGGACUCGUCGUCCACAUCUCGUUCAGGACGCCAUUUUUCGCCAUCUGCCGUCUCGUCCAGAACGUGAGUAUGUACGUAUCUUACGGAUUUCUUCAAUCUAAAGGGUCGGUUAGUGAAUAAAAACAGUGCCGAAAGUAAUUUGAUCGUACCCUGAUUUCUUUCGAGUUGCAGGUAGAGCUUUACAGUGUAAAGUGGAGAAAGCAAUGGCGGAUGAUGAUAAAAGUACUGCAGGAAAUUAUUCCAUGAAGUGGUCAGAAGAACAUGACCUUAUGCUUUGUAGGGAGGUUCUUCUUCUUGAACCAUUUAAGCACCCAAGACAGAGUAAAGAGAGGGGGGAAAUCUGGGGUGAAAUAGCACUAAGCUUAAAUAGCAUCAGUUCACCGAAAUUCAGAGUUAGUGAGCGCUCUGUGAGGGACAGGCUUACUCUUUUGCAUGCCAAAUACAAAGAAAAGAUGAGAAAGGAAGAGCAAGGUUCUGGCAUAGCAUGUGAUGAUGAAACAGAAAUAGAGAUAGCAUUGCCUGAAAUCAUAGAAAAGGAACAAGCAGUUGAUUUAGAAUUCGAAAGGAAAGAAAAUUCGAAUACCCUUACUAAAAAGAAUGAAAAUGAUCAGGCCUCUGUAGAAGAAAGUAGAUUAAAAGCCAUAGAGCGCCAGGGACAAACCAGAAAGAGGAAUGCUGAUACAAAUUGCGAUGAAGUUACUAAAAGAAAAAGCAGAAGAAAUGUAAAUGUUUAUAACAUAAUCUGUUUGUUAAGAUAUGAUAAUUUAUGCUGA